AGUUUAUGUUGUAAUAUCUAAAAAUACAAAAAUUGGAGACAACAGUGACUUUGCAGAGAAUGAUAUGACAAGACAAAGAGUACAAAAACCUAGAGAGCUGGAGAUCAUACCAAAUAGGACGUGGACAACAUGGCCACUCUUCACGAGGCGAUACUCUUAAAUGACUUAGAAAGGAUCCAAGAUUUACUUCGACAGGUUCAAGAUGUCAACAAAAAGAAUGCGAGUGGGCGUACUCCCCUCGCGUAUUGCGCUGUUACCCAAGGCCUCCCACAACUGAUUUCUGAGCCCCGACGGUUGACCAUAGCUGGACUACUAUUCUCAUACGGAGCUGAUCCCAACGUGGUGGAUAAGUUUGGCUGGUCUAUGAUCCACACAUGUGCCUGGAACAAUGACCUCCCCCUACUACAGAUGUGUGUCAGAAAAGGGGGCAAAGUGAACGUACCCAACCACCAAAAACAACUCCCCGUCGAAAUGGCCUCCAUACGAGGGAACACUGAAGUUGUCGAGUACCUUGAGACCCAGUCAUGUGACAUGAAAGCACAGUGUCGGUCCUUGAUCCGUAAAGCCAUGGGGAAGAAAGUACAUCGUAUAAAAGAAUUGCCAUUGCCACCAUCUCUGAAACUAUACAUUAAUCAUGGAUGCCCCUACAAUGGUUGGGAGGCUACCUUAGUGCCUGAGGCUCCAUGGAGUGUGGACCAGCUGUCAGAAGUAGGCAAAAGAGAAUUGAAACAAUUUAUUGAAGAGAAUGCAUCACAAGAGUUUCUGGAUGAGAAUAAAGAACACUUGCAAUCAAUGUCGGACUUGAUGGACACUUUUCAAUCGCUUUAUCUCUGGGAAUCUUUCAAGACAGUGAACUUUGAGGAGCCCCUCCCACGAGAGCCUCGUUAUAGUCUGGACCCCAACAGACUGGAAGGUCCUCGAGAGUACCUGUCUCCAGACACAGAAGAGACAGAAGACACAGAUAGCUAUACUUUCAUAUAAUAUUCAUAUGCAUUUUCAUGCUUUUUACACAUGUUAAUUAAAAUAUAAAAUGAACGUCAUGAGGUUAUAA